GCCGCCGCCCGAGCCGCCGCCGCCGCCGCCGCCGCCGCCGCCGCCGAGCCGUGCGGAGCCAGGCCGCGCCCUCCCCGGGCGCCCGCCGGCUCGCAUGCCGAGGGGCUCCGGGGCGUAGCUGCGCGCCCGGCGCCGCCUCCGGGCUCCUCCGGCCCCGCCAUGGGCUGCUGCAGCUCCGCCUCCUCAGCCGCGCAGAGCUCCAAACGAGAAUGGAAGCCACUGGAGGACCGUAGCUGCACAGACAUACCGUGGCUGCUGCUUUUUAUCCUGUUCUGCAUUGGGAUGGGAUUUAUUUGUGGCUUUUCAGUAGCAACAGGUGCAGCAGCAAGACUAGUGUCAGGAUACGACAGCUAUGGAAAUAUCUGUGGGCAGAAAAAUGCAAAGUUGGAAGCAAUACCAAACAGUGGCAUGGACCACACCCACCGGAAGUACGUAUUCUUUUUGGAUCCAUGCAAUCUGGACUUGAUAAACCGGAAGAUCAAGUCUGUAGCACUGUGUGUGGCAGCAUGUCCAAGACAAGAACUGAAAACCCUAAGUGAUGUUCAGAAGUUUGCAGAGAUAAAUGGCUCAGCGCUAUGCAGCUACAACCUAAAGCCUUCUGAAUAUACUACAUCAUCAAAAGCUUCUGUUCUUUGCCCCAAACUACCUGUUCCAGCGAGUGCACCUAUUCCAUUCUUCCAUCGCUGUGCUCCUGUGAACAUUUCCUGCUAUGCCAAGUUUGCAGAGGCCCUGAUCACCUUUGUCAGUGACAAUAGUGUCUUACACAGGCUGAUUAGUGGAGUAAUGACCAGCAAAGAAAUUAUAUUGGGACUUUGCUUGUUAUCACUAGUUCUGUCCAUGAUUUUGAUGGUGAUAAUCAGGUAUAUAUCAAGAAUACUUGUGUGGAUCUUAACAAUUCUGCUCAUCCUGGGUUCACUUGGUGGCACAGGUGUACUAUGGUGGCUAUAUGCAAAGCAAAGAAAGUCUCCCAAAGAAGCAGUUAUCCCUGAACAGCUUCAGGUAGCUGAAGACAAUCUUCGGGCCCUCCUCAUCUAUGCCAUUUCAGCUACAGUGUUCACAGUUAUCUUGUUCCUCAUAAUGUUAGUCAUGCGCAAACGGGUUGCUCUCACCAUCGCCUUGUUCCACGUGGCUGGCAAGGUCUUCAUUCACUUGCCACUGCUAGUCUUCCAACCCUUUUGGACCUUCUUUGCUCUUGUCCUGUUUUGGGUGUACUGGAUCAUGACACUUCUCUUUCUUGGCACUACCGGCAGCGCUGUUCAGAAUGACCAAGGCUUUGUGGAGUUCAGAGUUUCUGGGCCUCUGCAAUACAUGUGGUGGUACCAUGUGGUGGGCCUGAUUUGGAUCAGUGAAUUUAUUCUAGCCUGUCAACAGAUGACUGUGGCAGGAGCUGUGGUAACAUACUAUUUUACUAGGGAUAAAAGGAAUUUGCCAUUUACACCUAUUUUGGCAUCAGUGAAUCGCCUUAUUCGUUAUCACCUUGGUACUGUGGCGAAAGGAUCUUUCAUUAUCACAUUAGUCAAAAUUCCACGAAUGAUCCUUAUGUACAUUCACAGUCAGCUCAAAGGAAAGGAAAAUGCUUGUGCUCGAUGUGUGCUGAAAUCUUGCAUUUGUUGCCUUUGGUGUCUUGAAAAGUGCCUAAAUUAUUUAAAUCAGAAUGCAUACACAGCCACGGCUAUCAACAGCACCAACUUCUGCACCUCAGCGAAGGAUGCCUUUGUCAUUCUCGUGGAGAAUGCUUUGCGAGUAGCUGCCAUCAACACAGUGGGGGAUUUCAUGUUAUUCCUAGGCAAGGUGCUGAUAGUCUGCAGCACAGGUUUGGCUGGGAUUAUGCUGCUCAACUACCAGCAAGAUUACACAGUAUGGGUGCUGCCUCUGAUCAUCGUCUGCCUCUUUGCUUUCCUAGUCGCUCAUUGCUUCCUGUCCAUUUACGAAAUGGUAGUGGAUGUAUUAUUCUUGUGUUUUGCCAUUGAUACAAAAUACAAUGAUGGGAGCCCAGGCAGAGAAUUUUAUAUGGAUAAAGUGCUGAUGGAGUUUGUGGAAAACAGUAGGAAAGCAAUGAAAGAAGCUGGUAAGGGAGGUGUUGCAGAUGCCAGAGAGCUGAAACCGAUGGUAGGUGGAGAUGAGGAGGUGGCCGCCCUCCAAGAAUUUCACUUUCACUUCCUCUCUCUCUCUCUCUUCACUGACUGCACUUCUUCCGGAGAAGCUUUUGUGAUCUGUGUCACGCAGGACGUGCUGCUCUUUCUUUUUGUGUGUUUACCCAUCACUUGGAUGGCAGAAUUCUUGUCACAACUGAGACCACCUUCUGUAAAAGUAAGCUGAAAGGAACAGUGUUCAUGGCGGGGCAGGGGAUAUUUUUGUCCCUGAGGUGAACUUGCAGUUUCCAUUUUUUUCUUUUUAACUGUCAGUGUUUCGUUUUCAUGGGACUGAACAUUUGGUUGUGCACUUGAACUGACGGUUUGAUACUUAUUUUAGAAGUGAUGAUAGCAAUUCCUUUCAACUUGCUGAAAUUCAUAUUCCCCCCUUCUUUUAAUAUUGGUUUGUUUAUGUUGCUGUCUUUUCCCCUUUGCUGACUUUUUCUUCUGUUGCCUGGAUUGUACUUUCUUUGUUUCUUAAGCUAUUUUUCAGUAGCAAACAAGGCUAUUUCCAUCAACACCCACAUUCCCACUCAAUAAGACAAUCUGGUCUUCUCCAGCCUCAGCUUAAUUGUGAGAAAGAUAAAUUACCUCUGGUCAGUGAUAUAUAUAACCACUCUCCUUUCAUUUGAUAAAAGCAACUUAAAGUUAACCAGUGUAAGAAAAUCCUGAGUAGCUUUUCCCAUAUAUGCUCUUACCACUGCAUAACGACAGAUGUCUUUAGCUAUAUUGGUCUAAUUACUGCUUGUAUUACAAGUGUAUUAUUCUUAAAUAGCAUGUUUAUUUCAGAAUAUUAUAUAAUUGCCUACAUCCUUAAACACUUAAUUUUAAAACAAUGUGCCUUCUAUUUGCAUAUAAUGUCCAAAAAAAGGAGAGGUGAGGACUCUCUUUUCUUUCUCCUUUAUACUUUAAUAAAUGGUUUGAUUUGUAGGUGUCCAACUUAAGAAAUAUGUAGUAUAAAACAAGCCCAUUUAAGUAUGUAAGAAUAAAGGAAAUGGCUUCAUUGCAGGGGUGGGGGGGUGGUAUAUGUACAUGCAAAAUAACUGCAUAUUCAACCUACAUUAAAGCCUCAACAGAAUGUUUGGAUAUAAACUCUUCUCUGUAACCCCAUCCAGUGCCUGUUUUGGUGUUGCUCUUAAUAGCAUUGAUGAUGAUAAAGUCAAAACUUCAAUGUUUAUAUUCCCAAGGCACAGAUCACUCUAAUCAUAAGUAAGAGCAUGUAGAAUGGCCAUGUAACUCUUAUUUUUAAGUGUGCAUCAGACAGAACUGGAUGAACAGGGAGGGGGCGCUAAUCACCAAUCCCUCCUGUCAGGUUCCUUGCCUCCCUACCCUUUCUUUCUGCAUCCCUCUUACUUCAUGUGGGCUGAGGGGGACCACAGUGAAAAUUCUGCCAACCCUAAGAUAGCCUGGAAAAAUGAGGAAGGUUUCCUUCUUGCCACUGCUUGGUUGUCCUAAUUGUUCAGAAAAUAAGGUUUCAAACCUAAAACUUUUAAAAGACAUAUAAAAUCUUAAAAUGUAAACCACCCUUCCCCCCUUUUCUGUCUUUCCAGUGGUUGAAGCGUACAUUAAAUCACUCUUCAGUAACAAGCAUUUAAAGAAAGGGAGAAAUAAUUAGAGGUUUAGGACUAGCUACUUCGACCAUGAAUUGGCAUGUAUUUCUGUAUUAUUCUUGAGGGAAAGAUAGCUGAAUUGUGGUAGACCAGAAUGCAAAUAUACCUUCUCUUACCUAAACCCCUGAUUCAUAGGUAUUAAUAGUAGGAGAAUUGCCUAGGUUAUGUGGCAUUCAUCAGAAGCCAAAAAUGUAGAAAUGUUUUCCCCCUAAUAUUACUUUCAGCUUUAAAUUAAUGUCCCUUAAUUCAAACACCGCAUUAAAAUCUUCAUUCCACUUUUACUUUUAUUUUAUGUUAUUCGUUGCUUGCAGAUUAAUGGCAAAGCCCUCUGCCGUCUCCCAAAAUACAUCUUCUAUGUGCAUUGUUUUUCUGGUGCUUUGGACAUUGUAGCAUUUGAUCUCUAAGAAUGACGUUUUAAGUGGUUCAGAAAGUCCCCAUGAGAGAUGUGUGAAUUGUUGCUCACAGGAUAGUUAAAUCUUUCAAGCAUAUCAGUACCUCUAAAUCUGCUCUCUUUCGAAGUAUGCAUGGUAAGAGUUGACCCGUAAUACCACCACCAUCUUGUGUGUGUCCCUAAAGAAGUACCUGAGAAACUCCCUCCUAAAGUUUGGGGAUUGGUAGAAUUUACGAUUGCUUAUUUGUAUUUGCUUGGUUUAAUUCACAUGUUAUUCCCAUAGAUGAAAGUUCUGUUAACAGAGCGUCAUAACUAUUUUGCUGCAUCUGUAGAAACACUGCUGUUGGAGUUCACUGUCUGUCUCCUUAAUGGGAUAGUUUAAUAUGGGUUUUUUUAAAGUCUAUAAAAUAAUGUUCAGAAAAAUGAGGUUUAAAUUUUUACUUUUGACAGGACAUCACUAAACUAAAUAUAAGUACUUCCAGUUUUCCUCUUAGACUUUUUUUUUUGAGAGAGCCUCACUAGGUAAGGAAACUUGGAAGGUUUGUAAGGUCUUUCUAUAAAUCUUUGAAAAUUAUUUUAGAAAAAUUUACCAAAUGUGAUGUAGAGGUUUAAGAAAGAGACAUCUGGCCAUCUGCUCGCUAUCAUACAGGAAAAACUUAGAGAAAAUGGAGGAAAAAACCUGGACACUAUAACAAUAUAGACUAGAGAUGAAUUCUCUGCAUAUCUCAAAGAUGACCCAGAGGGAAGUGUGACUUUCAACAGUCACAGGAAUUUCAGCCCCUGGAAUUUAGGUUUGGGGGAGAAGGAUUCUCAAUCCAUUUUGCUUUACUGCUGUUUGUGACCAUCUGUGUAUCUGUAACAUCAUUCAUGAUCUCCUUUUAAUGGUAAUUGUCUAAGAUUAUACUCUGUA